AUGGCGAUGGCGGGCUUUGCAGGGGCACGGGUCACGGCCGUGCUGCUCUUGAGCCUGAUCUGCGCUUUGGGCUUUGAGAGUGCCCGUGCCGCAAGCUGCCAAACUUAUGACGAGGCCGGCGCUGUCAGGUGCCGUAGCCUCGAAAGCUACACCGAGACGCGAGACAUGGUCACAGCAGAGCAGUGUCAGGCCUUGUGCGACAACACCAACGCAUGCGUCAUCGCUACCCUAAUCACCACCACCAUCGAUGGCCAAACCCACAAGCGCUGCCUCGUUGGCCCCGAUUGCGUCCUGCAAAGCGAUGAAGCCGCCGUCUCCCGCCGCUGCACUGCCCGCUCCCUCGUCGGCGUUCCCAUCAACUUUACGCAUCCCCGCGCCGUGCUCAUGCGUGGACCAGACGUUGCUGUUUACGAUAACAAACGCGCCCCCUUCUCGACGGAACUCGUCGAUGCGUUUGCCUCCAACCUCUUCAACUUCACCCUCGCUGGGCGCCUCAAUAAAGUUUCGGCUCCCAGUGAACAGUAUCAGAGCCAGAUCAUCCUUGACCUGGGCAGUCAAACCAAUGGUCUGGCGCUGGGCAUCGACACCGACUUUGAUGAUCGUCGUGGGAAAGUAAUCGCUGGUCUUUGCUUGGAAACCAAGUACAUCGGCCCCGCUCUUCCCGUACCCGCCCUGAACCAGUGGUUCGACUUUUGGUUCACCGUCCGAGCCAUCCCCACCUCCGUCCGAGGCACCGUGGAUAUUGAAAUGAGUCUUCAACUCGACGAUAAAAUCGACUCAGUCCGCGUCCCGAGCCUGGCCUUCAAAGCUUGGUCCGACAGCAACAAGGGCGGCUUCAAUAGCGGCUACCCAUUUCACGCCAGCAGAUCAGUUUGCCAUUUUCAUUCCACCAAGCUCCUCGACCUCUCCGACUCCACCGUCGUCGACCCAACAAUAGGCCUCCAGCUUUUCCUGGAUGACUAUGUCCUCGCAGAUCGCUCCAAGGACAAUUCCCGUGCUGGCGUGUUCGCACGGCCUUUGCCAGUUAAACCACCCUUGAACACCAUCCGGCCUUAUGCCUCUGAGCUGGCCGCCGAUGUUAGCGUUCGUGAUGCAUCUUGGACCAUGGCCACUGCCGUGCGCCUUGCUUUCACUCGGGAAGAAACACCUUUGUUUGAAUUCUGGAACAACGAGGAGAUUAUUCGAGUUGUCCUCUCCGGCAGCCAACUGCACAUUGGGCCCAAAGGACGUGAGGAGACAGGCAAUAAAAUCCCAAUUUCUUGGUCAGAUGUACACGAGCGCCGCUCCGUGCCCAUCAUACUCGCCUGUACACGAGAGGGCUCUGCCGCUACCGAGCCCGCGCAACCUCUGGAACUUCGUGUCAGCAAUGUGCGCUAUGUUCUGAAGCAGGAGAUGAAGUGUUCUUCUUUGAACCGCAUGGGAAUCCUUCUCCGCUACGUUGACCCUACAUCCCCGUUGUAUAUGGAGGAAGAGGUUGGACUUCGCCUUUUUGCCUCCAAGAUAGCCUCUCUUUUGCCGCAAGACAACACCCGCGCUGCUGCCUCGCCCGAAAAUCUCGUCAACUCGACAAAUGCCUUGGCCACGCUUGUGGCGCCAUCCGACCUAGAUGUUGUGGUGCCGGCGGGCCCGGUGGCCCUGGAGAUUGAGCUGCCCUUUAAUGAUCUUCUGCACGAUACGCGUGCUUUGCCUCUUUUUGCCAUUCAAGAUACGAUUGGGCUUUAUAUUGACGGCGCAUCUCGCCUCAUGAUUGAUGUGUGUGGCAAAGACAGCCAAUCCAUUUCAGCCACAUAUGCCGUUGAUCUCAUGGGAGCAGACUCGGCACACAAUGCCCUUUUGCGUAUCUCAAUUUUGCCUCUGGACGUCGACACCAGCUACGGCAGUCGCUUGGUGGCCACCAUCAAUGGGGAUGUGCGAUUGGACGUGCCGGUUCCUGGCCGGUUCACCAGUGGUGGUACCCUGCGACAAAUGAGCUUUGGAGGUGGUAGUGGUGGUACACCAUUUUGUGGCAAACAGGAGCCCAAGGUCUUUGAUGGCACCUUGCCGCUGUUCGGCACUGAUGUGGCCGUGGUAGACCACUUGGCGUUGCCCCCCCUGUCCGAAGUGCUUCAUCAAACGUGGCCUGAUACAUUGAGUGUGGUUGCCACGGACGUAAUGGUGUUUGUCUGGAAGUGCGAUUCGAAACGGCAGAGGGAGGGGGGGGCGGAGGAAGGAACCGAGAUCGAGCUUCGCCCCUCUUCAAGUCUUUGUGUUUUUUCAUCUCUCUCUCUCACCAAACUCUCUCUCACCAAACUCUCUCUCACCAAACUCUCUCUCGCCAAACUCUCUCUCGCCAAACUCUCUCAAACUCAAACUCUCUCUCUCUCCUUCUAUUUUAACCUCUCUUUACAACUCUCACUCGCACUCUCUCUGCAAUUUUCCCCCGUCUCCCACCACUCUCUGAAUCUCUUUCACAGACUCACACACUCUCUGCCGGAGCGCACACCAUCGCACUUCGACAUUCUACUCAUUCGUAUCUGCCUGGUCGGAGGCUUCCUCUUCCUCAUCAUCAACGCCUUUACGGGUCUGCCCCUCGAACCCGAUGUUUUCAUCAGCACCAGCUGGCCCGAUGGCACCAUUUUCUUGGACCUGAUCAUCUGGUCGGUCGUCACGGGCAGCUUUCACGUCAUUGCCAUCUGGAUUCACCUCCGCGAUGAGCGCCAACUCAAGCUCGAUGACAACGAGGAACCGAUUUGGCGCUACUUUUACCGCCGCGCGGGCAUGCCCCGCACGGAAUUUCGCAUGGCUUUUGAAAAGGGUGACUUUGUACGCUACAAGGCCGGUGACAUUAUUGUUGCAGAGAACGACUCCUUGCACCAUCUCCACCUCCUCGUGGAUGGUCUUGUCGAGUUCCAAUCCGCUUACAAUGAUCGCGAGGGCGACGCUCGCACGCUCCACUCCGGUGACCUCUUUGACCUUGAGAUUGCCAACCUUUUCGGUGUGCGCAUCGGUUUCGAAUCUGAUGGUUUCCGUGCCCGUGCCGUGACCAACUGCCUGCUUGUUCGCUGGCCCUUUGAGGCCGUCCAAAGCAUGGCGGCUGGUCCACCGGCCCUGGCCUCCUACUGGCGCAGCCUCGUGCUCUACCAGGUUGCUGCUGAGCUCAACCGCACUCACCUCGACGCCUCCGAUCUGCCCAGCGACUCGCAUGGCCAUCUGGAAGACCCCGAUAUCUUGUCAGGCGGUCGCUCGCGUGAUUUUACCGAGCCUCUGAAAGACCACGAGCUCCCUCCUCCAACCACCUUCAAAUCCAUCUUGCAAUGGCUCUGGCGCUCCGCCAGCCCCUUCCCACCCCCGGGUCUGCGUCAUAACACGCUCCCCACCUCUGGUCAGAUGGCCUCGCAACGUCUGGUGGAAAUGCGCACGCGACUGGCCGAGCUGGACAAGAUGCAUGCCAGCAACGAGCAACCCUUCACCUCCGUCUGGACCGGCGGGGCUCGUGAAAGCCAGAACGCAGCCCUCAUGCGCCGCGUUACCAGCCGCCUCAAGCGCGCCCAAUCAAAGAACAAACCGGAACACCCUGAUGACGACGCUAAGGAAACGGGCCAGAUUGUACAUGACCUGGCGCUGGCCCUCUCUCGUAACAGCGAGACCCCGCCCGCAGACGCCAAUGAAACCGUUCAGGAAACUUCCCUGAGCGCCAGCGAGCAGCCGGCCUCUACCAACCAGAAGAGUGUCAAGCGUAAGGUUUCCGUCAAAUCGACCCGCCGCGUCUCGACGCAAUCGGCAAUCCUCUAAAAAGGUCGACGCCAGACAUGGCCUCGCUGCACCGCAAGCGAAAGAGCUAGCGUCUUCGCCCCUUUCCAGUCCCUUUGACGUGAACGUGGCACGCCAUCGUCGUCCCCCACCCCCACCCCAUUAACAAUGACUUGCUUGAUCAACCACGCCAUGCGCACUUCUGCCCAUGAAAACUUCUUCAAGCAUGCCAAGACCCCAGUCCUCUACAUCCGAGUUGUGAGAUGAUGGGGUCUCUGGCACGUGUACUUUAAAGCAGCUCGAAUUGCAAAAAAAAUAACC